UUCUGUUUGACGCAUGCGCAGUGAGGACGGGCCUAUUGAGCGGCGCGGCACUUCUUGCCGCCCGGCGUGGCUUUGAGAGAAGAUUGCUGCGUGAAGGAAGAGGAAGGGAGCCGUCGGUAGGGCCAAAAUGAGUUUGUUUGGGUCAACAUCAGGAUUCGGAACUGGUGGCACCAGCAUGUUUGGCAACACAUCAACAGAUAACCACAAUCCAAUGAAGGAUAUUGAAGUUACAUCACCGCCUGAUGACAGCAUUGGUUGUUUGGCUUUCAGUCCGCCAGUAUUGCCGGGUAAUUUUCUUAUUGCAGGAUCAUGGGCAAAUGAUGUCCGCUGCUGGGAAGUCCAGGAUAAUGGGCAGACUAUUCCAAAAGCACAACAGAUGCAUACAGGACCUGUGCUAGAUGUUUGUUGGAGUGAUGAUGGUAGCAAAGUGUUCACAGCAUCCUGUGAUAAAACUGCCAAAAUGUGGGAUCUUAAUAGCAACCAGGCAAUACAAAUAGCACAGCAUGAAGCUCCUGUAAAGACUAUCCAUUGGAUUAAAGCACCAAAUUACAGCUGCGUAAUGACCGGGAGCUGGGAUAAAACUUUAAAAUUUUGGGAUACACGAUCACCUACUCCAAUGAUGACUUUGCAGUUGCCGGAACGAUGCUACUGUGCCGAUGUAGUAUAUCCCAUGGCUGUUGUGGCUACUGCAGAGAGAGGCUUGAUAGUUUAUCAGCUAGAGAAUCAACCUUCUGAAUUUAGAAGAAUAGACUCUCCUCUUAAACAUCAGCAUCGUUGCGUGGCUAUCUUUAAAGACAAAGUGAACAAACCAACAGGAUUUGCCCUUGGAAGCAUUGAAGGAAGAGUAGCCAUUCAUUACAUUAAUCCAACAAAUCCUGCCAAAGACAACUUCACCUUCAAAUGUCAUCGAUCCAAUGGCACGAACACAUCUGCACCUCAGGAUAUAUAUGCAGUGAAUGGAAUUGCCUUUCAUCCAGCCCACGGUACACUAGCAACGGUAGGAUCUGAUGGUAGAUUCAGCUUUUGGGAUAAAGAUGCACGGACAAAGCUAAAAACAUCGGAACAGUUGGACCAGCCAAUAUCUGCUUGUUGCUUCAAUCAUACAGGCAACAUAUUUGCAUAUGCUUCCAGUUAUGACUGGUCAAAGGGGCAUGAGUUCUAUAACCCACAAAAGAAGAACUAUAUUUUUCUGCGCAAUGCUGCUGAAGAAUUAAAACCAAGAAAUAAGAAGUAUUAAAGCUUAUGGAUGUCAAUAAGAGUCUAGCAGGUAACAACUGUGUGUAUGUAUGUGUGUGCCUUGUGCAGAGCAAAAUACUCCCUGGCUUCAUUAGAGUUAUUGCCUGCUUAUCUGUGUAGUGAAUUCAGCAAAGCAAAUGCUUCCCUUUAUAGCAAGCAUUGUUGUAAUUACAUGUAUAGUAUAGCAAAACACAGUUAUCAUUCUGUGGUACAACUGUUCUGGCCAAGAUUGAAGAGUAAACAUAUCUUUAAUAACUCUUACAGACAUUAAGAAGGCUUGCAGUAUGUUUGUGGUAUACACUUCUAAUGUGCAUUUAGUACAUUAGGCAUUCUUGGUUUGGUGGGUGCUAUUUUCCCUCCAGGAAUUGCUCAACAGGUUGCAACAGUAUUCAGCUAUACGCGAAGGAUCCGCUUCUUCUUCCUUGCCAAGUCCAGGCUGCGAGAACACCUCCAGGACCACUGUAGCAAAUCUAUAAUAAAGUGGAACUUCAACCAAAUCAGAAUCAUUUUUGCCACCUUAAUUUUUGACAUUUUUGAGAGCAAGUUGAAAAUCAUGUAGGAAAGUUGACAUUAUAAACUGGGUUCUUCCAAUAGUUCAUAAAAACUGCAGGUUACUUAUUUAAAUACAUGAUGGGUUUCUUAAGUAUUUGUUUUUGCAGGUGAAUAUAAUCUAUAAUUUCUGCUUGACUGCAGAUAUGCUGCAUAGAUGUAGAAAUACCUGUUGAUUCAUGGUUAGGCUGCACAGAUUGUGAAUGGGAAGCACUGCUUGGCAGUUGGGCCUAUUGAUCCAGCACUAACAUUAGAAGCUCAAUCAAACUGUCAUUUGGAGCAUGUUUUAUAAACUUUGGCUAAUGCACCAAAGCAACCUUAGUUGGGUGCAGAUAGCCCAGCUACAGCAGGGAACAUCUCAUUUUAAACUAAAACAAGGCCAUGUUUGUGAGGCUGACUUCGUUGCCACAUCUUCACUGUCCAAUCUUCUAGAGUUGGUUUUCUAUCUUUUUCCACUGUUUGUUCCUAAACAGAAUUGCAAGAUUGUUAAUUGGAAUAGAGUUUUUAACCAUCUUCACAUAGCUUUAUCAUUUGCACCAGCUGUCAGUCCAAGACCCAGUUUCAAAUGCUGAUUUUAACUUCUAAAAUUCUUAAUGGCAUUAGAUAAAAUAUUAAAUUCUUUGAAAUAAACUUGCUCAGACGAAAUACACUUGCCUUUUGUGAAGCAGAUAGCUGUGACAGAGAAGAGUUUUUGUUGGUGUCAUUUUUAUUAUCUUUUUGCUAACAGAUGAAGAUUUUUUUUAUUCACCUAGGUUUUUUGAACAACUUUCACUUUUUUACAAUCUGGUUUCUUAAUAUAGGGUUCAUAUUUUCAUUGUUAUCUGGACUUUUAAUGGCUUUGUUUCUUUCUCUGCUAUUUUCUACAGUUUCAAUAUAGUAUCUUAAUACUGUAUUUAUUAUAUUAACAUUAUUUAAGCCACCUAGAGAACAUACAUAAUUGUGUUGCCAUACAGUUUUGGUAAAACCUGCAAAGUAAAAUGUGAGAAGAGAAAAAUGUGAGAGAAAGUUAAAAUUAUACUGAGUUGAUUUCCCUUUUGUACGUAGUAUUGCUGGGUAAUUUUGAAAUUGGUUGAUAUAUUUUUGUGAAGAAAAAUGUUUUGUACAUGUGAGGAAAGAAAAGGAGCAUUUUUACAAAAGCAUUGUCCUGUUGGAAUAGAUGUGAUUAAACUGAUGAGUAAAUCAGUGUGAAUCAAAGCAUGAUAAUUUACAUCACAGAUGAAAUUCAAAUUAUAAUUUCUUGCUUCCACUUUAGGUAUUUGUUUGCAAAUGUCAAAAUUUAUUUAUAAAUCAUUUUGAUUAUUGCUAUAGUUACUAAACAUUUGGUUUAACAAGCAAAACAGCCUAACUUUUAAUUGGCCUUUACUAAUUAGAAGGUAUGUGUUUCUAUUUUGUAAAUCCUUAACAUUAUUAUUGUAAUAAAUAUUGCAGAGUGUAUUGCUUAUAUGCUAAAUAAACUAUUUGCUUAUAA